AUGUCUCCUGGUUCUUCAUCGGCGUUACCAUGCAGCACUCAGCAGACAACUGAACAGCGGUAUAAUGAUGAAGUAUGUACUGCUACUGCAUGGGAGCACCCAGCCGACCCGGCAGAGGACCUCCAUAGGGCGGAUGUGGAUAAUAACAAUGGUAUAUUUCCGAGUAGUAGGGCCCAGUGUAAUACGGAAGAAGGAUCGUCCUCUCGAGUACCUCGGGUAGCAGCACAGCACCUCCCACGGAGCACAGUACCGCCAGUGUUGGCUUGGUCUGUGAGACAGGCUGAGCUCAAUUACCACAUGGGUGUAUCCCCUCAUUACAUGCCUCUGUCUAUGAGGCCCUCUCGCACGCUGCCGAACACAUCAUCCCGCUCUUCUAAGGGUUAUCAACAGCAGCGGACCAGCAGGAAUCCACCCUUAUUGUUGUCCCCACCGGGUUCCCAAAAAGUCUACAAUCUCAACAGCUCACUUGAUCGAAGACGACGCUCUGGGUCAGCGGUCAGCAUAGGUGGCGGUGGUAAUUAUGAACGACCCGAGUUCGAUACCCAGAGGCGGCAUUUUCCUGAUACUGACGAUGAAGACGAUGGUCCACGAUACGAAUACCAUCAGGUGUCGAACCCCAGUCGCUGCUCCGCCCCGGCUGUGUUUUACAACAGUCAACAGCGACUCCCCGCUCCCUCACCAGAGCCCAUAAGAUUACCGCCGAUUAUGCCUAGUGUGACCGAUAGAGUAACAAUUGAUUUAGCUUUCUUCAUGCAUCUUGUUGACACGUAUAGUAACUCGGGUGACUAUUUCAAGCGGAUGCGACUGUGCAGCAUGAUGCAGCUCAUGAUUGACGAAUUUGAACCACCAUCGCCAUCCACCCGUAGCGGCCGUCCCCUCCCCAGUGAUGAUGAAGCAGAUAGUAGCGCAUCUGGGGAGACACGGCAUUCGCUGAAAUGCCUACCAUUCGGUUCGUACAAUCGUCGCUCCUCCUGUGGUCAUAACAUCGUCGCGAAUACCCCUAAUUACACUAACGUGUCGAGAUCCCAGUCUCGAUCAAUUAUAUCAACAAUGUUUUACUCGGCUGACGGCUGGGUUGGUGCUCCCCUGGGUCAGCUCCUAUUGGGCUUCUUGAUGUGGUAUGGUGGGCCUGAUGAUACAUCUGAGGACGAUCAUGAUAGUGUGUAUCGAGACCUUGUCAAGGAGCAUCAUACAAUAGUUUUACCCAAUGGUUUGACCCUCACUUCGUUUGAUGCGUCUCAGCUUAUAAUACGUCCACUCAGUUCUAGUGAUAAUACUUUCAAUUUCACUUCGAGGGAAUCUGCAGAUGAAGAGGAGCUCUUUGAUGCCUUUAAAAUGGACAUGCUGGUUAUACUGGAUCCUCUCUCGCCGAAUGGUGAGCAUGUGAAUUUGGGUAAGUCGGCGUGGAGAUGGCCGAGCGUAACAGCCGCGCUUCGCUUCGCUAGGAAUGGUCUAAUUAGUGGCAGCUGGUGGGGACAGAACAUAAGGAAGCAUAGACAGCCUCAGACGCUUCCUUCGGCCUAA